AGAGAAGGCAGCGGGUCGCGUGAUCUUUCCGAGCCCCCUGCGUUCCCAGCCUGGGGGCAGGGGCGGCCUCGAGGAAGGGCGGGGCGGGGGCGGGGGGAAAGAAAGGGGGUUUUGUGCGGCGCCCGGCGGCCCCGGCGCCCUCUUCCGAGCGUCCUGCGGGCCCAGCCUCUCCUCGCGCCCGCGCAGUCCCCGCCGCAGUCUCGGCUGCAGCUGCAGGACCGAGUCGUGGACCCAGAGGAGACCCCCAGGGGAGGCGGCAAACUUCGCGGGUGCCGCACCCCCACCCCGGUCCUCUGUUGCCUGCCGGUAGUCCCUCCCUCAUCCUGCAGCAUGGCCCCACUGUUCCUGCCCCUCCUGGCAACCCUGGUUCUGGCCUGGAUCCCUGCGGCCUUGGCUGAUGCUCUGGAAGGAGACAGCUCAGAGGACAGGGCCUUCCGCGUGCGCAUCGCGGGCGACGCGCCGCUGCAGGGCGUGCUGGGCGGCGCCCUCACCAUCCCAUGCCACGUUCACUACCUGCGGCCGUCGCCGAGCCGCCGGGCCGCGCAGGGCUCCCCGCGGGUUAAGUGGACCUUCCUGUCCGGCGGCCGGGAGGCCGAGGUGCUAGUGGCGCGGGGCCUACGCGUCAAGGUGAGCGAGGCCUACCGGUUCCGCGUGGCACUGCCUGCCUACCCGGCGUCACUCACCGACGUCUCCCUGGUGCUGAGCGAGCUGCGGCCCAACGACUCAGGCAUUUACCGCUGCGAGGUCCAGCACGGCAUCGACGACAGCAGCGACGCUGUGGAGGUCAAGGUCAAAGGGGUCGUCUUUCUCUACCGGGAGGGCUCUGCCCGCUACGCUUUCUCCUUCGCUGGGGCCCAGGAGGCCUGUGCCCGCAUCGGAGCCCGAAUCGCCACUCCGGAGCAGCUCUAUGCCGCCUACCUCGGGGGCUAUGAACAGUGUGACGCUGGCUGGCUGUCCGACCAGACCGUGAGGUAUCCCAUCCAGACACCGCGAGAGGCCUGUUAUGGAGACAUGGAUGGCUUCCCUGGGGUCCGGAACUACGGAGUGGUCGACCCAGAUGACCUCUAUGAUGUUUACUGUUACGCUGAAGAACUAAAUGGAGAGCUGUUCCUGGGUGCCCCUCCAGACAAGCUGACCCUGGAGGAGGCGCGGACAUACUGCCAGGAGCGGGGUGCUAAGAUUGCAACCACCGGCCAGCUAUAUGCAGCCUGGGAUGGUGGCCUGGACCGCUGCAGCCCUGGCUGGCUGGCUGAUGGCAGUGUGCGCUACCCCAUCGUCACCCCCAGCCAGCGCUGUGGUGGGGGCCUCCCUGGUGUCAAGACUCUCUUCCUCUUCCCUAACCAGACCGGCUUCCCCAACAAGCACAGCCGCUUCAACGUCUACUGCUUCCGAGACCCUGCCCAGCCUUCUGCCAUCCCUGAGGCCACCAACCCAGCCUCUGACCUGGCCUCUGAUGCACUGGAAGCCAUUGUCACAGUGACUGAGACCCUGGAGGAACUGAAGCUGCCCCAGGAAGCUGUGGAAAGCGAGUCCCGAGGAGCCAUCUACUCCAUGCCCGUCAUAGAGGAUGGAGGUGGUGGAAGCUUCACUCCAGAAGACCCAGCCGAGGCCCCUAGAACCCUCCUGGAAUUCGAAACCCAAUCCAUUGUGCCUCCGCUGGGGUCCUCAGAAGAGGAAGGCAAGGUGUUGGAGCAAGAAGAGAAAUACAGGGGUGAAGAAGAGAAAGAAGAGGAAGAGGAAGAGGACGAGGUGGAGGAUGAGGCCCUGUGGGCCUGGCCCAGUGAGCUCAGCAGCCUGGACCCAGAGGCCCCUCUCCCCACUGAGCCGGCUCCAGAGGAGUCACUCACCCAGGCAUCCCCUCCAGUGAGGGCUGGCCUGCAGCCUGGUGCAUCACCACCCCCGUAUGAUGAGCCAGAGGCUCCCAGGCCUCCAAGGGUCCUUGGACCACCCACCAAGACCCUGCCCACUCCUAGGGAGGGGAACCUGGCAUCCCCCCCACCUUCCACUCCGGUCAGGGCAAGAGAGAUAGAGGAGGAGACAGGGGGUCCUGAGCUCUCUGGGGCCCCUCGAGGAGAGAGUGAGGAGGCAGGAAGCUCCGAGGAUGCCCCUUCCCUGCUUCCAGCCACACAGGCCCCUGGGGAUACCAGGGACCUGGAGACCCCCUCUGAAGAGAAUUCCAGAAGAACUGUCCCAGCAGGGACUUCAGUGCGUGCCCAGCCGGUGCUGCCCACUGACAGUGCCAGCCGUGGUGGAGUGGCCGUGGCCCCCUCAUCAGGUGACUGUGUCCCCAGCCCCUGCCACAAUGGCGGGACAUGCUUGGAGGAGGAGGAGGGGGUCCGCUGCCUGUGUUUGCCUGGCUAUGGGGGGGACCUGUGCGAUGUUGGCCUCCACUUCUGCAGCCCCGGUUGGGACGCCUUCCAGGGCGCCUGCUACAAGCACUUUUCUACCCGAAGGAGCUGGGAGGAGGCAGAGAACAAGUGCCGGAUGUACGGCGCGCAUCUCGCCAGCAUCAGCACGCCAGAGGAACAGGACUUCAUCAACAAUCGAUACCGGGAGUACCAGUGGAUCGGGCUCAAUGACAGGACCAUCGAAGGGGAUUUCCUGUGGUCAGAUGGCGUCCCCCUGCUCUAUGAGAACUGGAACCCUGGGCAGCCAGACAGCUACUUCCUGUCCGGAGAGAACUGCGUGGUUAUGGUGUGGCACGAUCAGGGACAAUGGAGUGAUGUUCCCUGCAACUACCACCUGUCCUACACCUGCAAGAUGGGGCUGGUGUCCUGCGGGCCCCCACCAGAGCUGCCCCUGGCUGAAGUAUUUGGCCGCCCACGGCUGCGCUAUGAAGUUGACACAGUGCUUCGAUACCGCUGCCGGGAGGGGCUGACCCAGCGCAACCUACCACUGAUCCGCUGCCAGGAGGAUGGUCGCUGGGCACCCCCCCAGAUCUCCUGUGUGCCCCGCAGGCCUGCUCGAGCUCUGCGCCCAAUAGAGACCCCAGGAGGACGUCAGAGGAGGCUCGUGGGGCACUGGAAGGCACGGCUGAACCCCCCUCCCAAUCCUGCUCCAGGUCCCUAAAGGGCAAGGCCCCUGGCGGCACUGCCCUCUGCCACCAGCCCACCAAGACCCAUGCUCUUCCCCCCGGGGGGUGACAGCCCGAGAGGGGCAGAGCUGAACUCCACAGGGCAGUUCCUGCAGGGGUUUCUGGGAAAUACUGGGUUGGCGAACAAUUCCUUUGGCUUUUUCGGUGACAUCAAUAUCGGGGCAUCUCCAGUCCUGCCUUAGGCCCUCUCACUCCUAUUCUGGGCCUCAGGUUUAUCCCUCAGGGCCUUGAGUGGGUCUCUAAGUGCCUCAGCUGCCCACUCCUUGCCAGCCAUCCUGUCCCGUCCAUUCCCCUGGGGGCCCCAGUGCCCACUCAUUCUCAGUUUCCCAAGAGAAUGGGUUUGCAGGAUGGGGUACCUGUAAAACAAGCAGAAAAUAAAGCUGCGUUUGAGCCCAA